UUUCCACCUUUUGUCUAUUCCAUUUGCACAACAGCAUGUGAAAUUUAUUGUCAAUCAGUGUUGCUUCCUAAGUGGACAGUUUGAUUUCACAGAAGUGUGAUUGACUUGGAGUUACAUUGUGUUGUUUAAGUGUUCCCUUUAUUUUUUUGAGCAGUGUAUUAGCUACACAGAACCAUGGCGGACCGACUGUAAAAUUAUAGGCUUUUUUGUAUUAAAAUUCGUCCCAGUCCAACAUACCUGGCUCUGCCCACUGGGGCGUGGUUUACGAAGCGCUCGCUGAAAUAAUCGUUCGUAUCGUCGUAUUCGACCGGAUCGAGUUAUCUCAUCACACCCGCAAGGUGUAAAUUCUCUCGUAGCAUAGGAUGACUAAAACUACCGGUAAACUGACUGUGUCAAGUUGACAAAAGGCAAUUGGAAUUCCCAAAGUGCAGGUGAUGCAAGUAACACUAGAUGUCAGCAUAGUUCUACAACAUAAACUGUUGUUCACUGGCUUGCCCUAUUUCAACUCAAGCCCAGUCACCUACCCUGGGUACUUCUGGUAGAUUGAGGAAAGGAAAGGUAUCAACACGUUCUGCCAUAUUGCUUUAAUUUGUCCAAUCCUUUCAGAUCUACUCUCGAGCAGGUAUAUAGGGCUCAGUUUUGAAUUGGUAAGUGACUACAGUGUAUGAGCUUGCCACCCUUAAGCACAGACCCAGGGUCCGUUUGUAUGGUGACCUAGCGUAUAGGUUGAGCUAGGAAAAGCGGAUCUGAAACCAGUAUCAUAAGUCAAUUUAUAUGACUAAUGUACUUCUUUUUCUUCUUCUUUUUUUUUUUUUACAUCGUCAUAAUUUAUGAGAAUGUCCUAAUAUGGAGUUUUGUGGCAUUUAAUGCCACACAAUGAAUGUAGCCUAGAUGUCUAUUUUGGCAUGAAUUUUCUAAGAACGUUUUGUUAAAAAAGGUUGCGUUUAGGAUGUGCCUGACAAAAUGCCUGUGUUGAUACUGAUGAGAAGAUGAGUUCGUUUGAAGCUUAUUUUAAGAUACGACAUCUCUGCACUGCUGAGGGAGUAGAUACAUACAGGGCCUGCUGGUUGGAUCAUUUCCUCUUCUGACACACACACACACACACACACACAGUGAGAUCCAGGAAAGAGUCGGACUACUAAACUGAAACCUGUACAUUUUUCUCACAGUACAUGUAGUAACUACACAAUGGCCUGUACAUUACCACUGGCAUUCCUUGUCCUUCAUGGAUUUCUCUCUCUUUCAGCAGAUUCAUGCGACUAUUAUCUCCGACAUGGAUCUUUCUUCUCCAUCCCUCUGAAAUACACUGACUUGAGUUCGAAAGAAAUAACCUGGAAACACAAUGGCAACGUUAUAUUAAAAAGAAAGAAUGGGAUGUUCAAACCAGGCAAGGCUGAGGACAUCUUAGAUGAUGGGUCUCUCCAGCUCAAAGGCCUGUCGUUGGCAAACGAAGGUACUUACAAAGCAGAGGUGUUCAACAGCGACGGGAAAAGCAUCAAAGAAGAGUCCUUCAGCCUGUGUAUGAAGGAAAAAGUCUCUAAGCCCUCAGUUGAAAUCACCUGUUCUGCUAAGUACGUCACCUUUACCUGUAUCUUGACCAACACUGAGGGAGUGACCUUCAAGUGGAGCAAGAACAAACAGCCUAUAAAUGAGAAAACAAAAAUCUUGACCAUCGGUCUGAUAGAACUGAAGGAGCCGGACGCCUUCACCUGCUCUGCAGUCAACGAGGUCAGCAUGGAGACAAGUGACAUCAUCAAACCAACGUGCAACGCUGUCUCAAAAUCGGGUGAUCGGCAUUUACUGUUUGGUUUUGAUUUCUUGACCAUGGUGGGCAUCCUGGCCGGGGGAGGGGGCUUGGUACUCCUCCUCAUCAUCAUCACCUUGGUGUGCUGUUGCCUCAGCCGACGCAAGAGCCAGAUGCGCUUUGAAGAGGAAAGAGAGUUGAGACUAGCCCCCCUGACCAAGACCCAGCAUCCUUCUCACCCAGAGGGCCAGAAGCAAAGGCAGAGACCCCCCGGUGGGGCCCCACCUGGUUCCACGGGCCCCAGGCCCACGGCCAGAGCCUCAAGCCAGGCCGCGCCCCAACCCAGAGCCCAGGCUCGAGGGAGGCCUCCACAGACACCAAUGGAUGACGAUGAGGAGCAGCCCCCACCACUACCCCAGCCUAGGAAGAAAGGCCCUCACGCCUCCAGGCAAUAAGUGUGGAGACAGGUUUGCCUAUAUACUUUUUGAUCCAAGGAAAGGAGUUCCAGCAGUCUAGAUGUUGAAAAUGUUGUUAUCUAAAGAAUAGAAAAGGAAGGAAAAAAUACCCCCACAGUGUUCCUUUCUUCCAAUGCCUUUUCAAAAUGCUGUUUCAUUGUUUUUAUGUUGAGUUGAGUGGUAAUCAAAAUCAUCCAUAGGUUGUAGCCUACCUAUCUAUCCACCUCCUCUUGAAAUAGUGACCUUAACUUGAUGUCUGUGUGGUUGUCAAUAAAAACUAAAGAACUA